GACAAACACACGUCAAAAAAAUUGAGAGGUUAGUAGCGUGAAAAAUUUUCUUUGCAUUUUUCCAUCGUUUUUUAGAGAGUUCUGAGGCCAUAAAUAGUGUUUUAAAUUGUGGUAGAGUGACAAAGUAUGUGGCAUGAGGCACGUAAACAGGAAAGGAAGAUCCGUGGGAUGCUGGUGGACUACAGAAAAAGAGCUGAACGACGACAAGAUUUUUACGAGAAAAUCAGAGCUGAUCCUACGCAGUUUAUCCAGAUUCAUGGACGAAAGUGCAAGAUUCAUCUGGAUCCAAGUAUUGCGGCAGCCGGGGAUAGCCCCGCUAUCAUGAUGCCAUGGCAGGGACACCAGGACAUCAUGAUCGAUCGGUUUGACGGGAGAGCCCAUCUGGACUAUAUACCUCAGGUGAUGAAGACGGAGGAGUCUGACGAGGUGUCGUCGGAGGAGAGACAGGCCAAUUAUGAGAGAUACAGGAUUUUGGCACAGAAUGACUUUUUGGGCAUUUCAGAGGAGAAAUAUCUGCAUCAGUUGUAUCUGGAGGAGCAAUUUGGCGUCAAUGCUCAGAUUGAGGCGGAAAAGGUGGCCAGCAAGAAGAAAUCCGGAGGAGUUACCAUUGGCUAUGUUUAUGAGGAAUCAGAUCCAGCACCGACAAAUUUCAACGACACCCUCAUGGCCGUGAGUUCAGCCUCAACGGAGAGGGAUUCGUCAGAUUCAGAGCUCGACAUGGAUGUGUCAAUUGAUGUCAGCAAACUGGAUACAUCCCAAGCGCACGAGUUGAAUGAGUACGGAAGGAAUUAUGGCAUGAAGAGCAAUGAUUUCUACUCAUUUCUCACGAAGGAUGCAGAUGAGGCGGAUGCCCUGCGUCUGGCCAAGGAGGAGGAGCAAGAGAAGAUCAUGUUCAGUGGAAGGAAAAGUCGCCGGGAACGUAGAGCUCAGAGGGACAAGAAACUAACCAGGCGUCCCUUUAGCCCUCCCAGUUACGCAGCUCCCGAAGAGAAGCCAUCUCUCAAGGAGAACAGCGACAAGAAUGACAACAGUGAUGAUUCCCGUUCACCAUCUCCAGUCAAUUCCGGGAAGAUCACGUACAUUACAUCCUUCGGAGGAGAAGAUGAACUGCAGCCUCACUCAAAAAUCUCCAUCAAUUUCAACAAAAACAUCAAAAGUACAGAAAAUUUGCCCGGAAAGCAGGAUCAAUCGUCAACUCUGGGCUCUCUCCUGGACACCGGAAGGCCCAUGACUUACGCCGAGAAGGUUAAGCAGAAUCUAGAUAAGCUGAAAGCCAUGAAUAAUCUGUCCUCUGCAAAGCCCCAGGCAACGGGACAGGUUGAGUAUGUGGGAAAACCAGUUAGAUAUCUCAGGACAAACUCAGUACAUCGAUCCCGGAGUCGAUCCAGAGGUCACAGCAGACGCUACAGUCGUUCCAGAAGCCACUCUCGACGUCGUCGAUGGAAUUCUCCAUCGUAUCGCAGUAGAAGAUCUCGGAGUAGUUCACGGUCGAGUGGCAGGAGAAAUCGCUCUUCCAGGAGUCACCGAAGAAGAUCCAGAAGAUCAUCUAGCUCCUCCUCAUCGCCCUACAUUCCACGGCGAAAGAGACGAUAUUCAUCCUCUUCGUCUUCCUCCACUUCCACGUCAGACUCCCCAAAGAGGGCUCCUCCAUCAUCAUCAUCGACAUCCUCGUCCUCCUCGACCUCGCCCGAGAGGCAAAAAAGUGUCCCAGCUGCAGGCAAAGUACCCAGUCAACCUCAAACCUCUGUGGCAAUGGUCCAGGCUACUGUCGCGCCGCCCGAGGAGAAGGAAAAAAUUGCAGGGAAUCCGGAGGUACAGGUCCAACAGCCGCCUCCUGAAGUGCCUAUCAAGCGAUACUACGGAAGACGUCGAGAGGACAGGACUUCUUCAUCGUCCAGUGACACUGAGCCAACGGACGGUGGAGAGAGCAAAUCAGGGAAUGAUUCUAGCUCGACCAGCAGAGCGGCUACGAAUUCAACAAACACAAUCGUUGGUAAAACAACAGCAACUGAGACCAAAGUUUCUGGUGUUUCAUCAAAGAUCAAUCCCAGGGAUCGUCUGAAGCGCAAAAUGCAGAUUCUGCUCAACAAACAAUUCAAAGCCGAUAAAAAGGCUGAAAUUGAAAGAACAGAGCGUCAGAUGCAACAGCAACAAGAGCGUGAUGAUGAAAUGCGCGAAUUGGCUUUAAGACUGCGAAGAAGGCAAAGGGAGUUGCGUCAUAAGUACGGUACUCCUUCAAGCAGUCGCAGUCGAUCACUGUCGCGAUCUCCAGCUCGAUUUGAGGAUGAAGAUACCUGCAGAUUGCGCGAAAGAGUACGAAGUCGUGAGAAAGAGCGUUCUAGUAGUCGUAGACGUUCUGAAGAUCGCUUGAGACAUUGUCGAGAUCGCUCUCGUGAGAGAUCUCGUGAUGAUCGUCGUAGAUCACAUGGAAGAUCGCGUGGUAGAUCGAGAGACAGUCGCAGUCGAUUCAGGAAGAGCAGAAGCAGGAGUGACAGUCGCAGUAGGCGGAGUAAACGCUCGCGAUCACGCUCAAGAUCACGCAGAAAUAGGCGUUCCAGCUCACGGGACCAUGGUCAUUCCCAAAAAUCUGUUAAGAAACUUGUCGAUUAUAAUUUGGUGUGCUUCAAUGCUGGCGGGCGAUGGCUGCAGAUCGUUGAUAAUGGAGAGUUAAAUUUUUGCGAAAAAAGACUGAAAAUGCAAUUUAAUAGUGCUAGAAAUAAGCGGGAGUCAUUCAUGACACCACCAACUCUUCAGAAAUGCUUGAGUCGUGAACUCCAGGAAGUGCUGAACCAGAGAAACCUCCUCACGGUGAAAUCGCGUCAGAAAAUGUGCCGGCUAUUGGACACACUUUCCGUGGAGAGUGAGGAAAGUGAUAAGAGAAGAUCGCUUAGGCGUCAGGCAGUUGAGGAGAUCAUUUCGUCGGAGAAGUCGUAUAUUCAGCAAUUGAAAGUUUUGAUGGAUUUCUUUGUGAAACCACUGGAAAAUCUCCAAAUAAUUGAUGGAAUGACCCAUGCAGCUCUCUUUGGGCACAUUGAGAUGAUGUACAAUUUGAAUGGUGAACUCUUGAGGGAAUUGCAGGAGGAUACAGAUAGGGUGGCAGAUGCAUUUCUCAAGCUUGCUCCAUUCUUUCGGCUCUAUUCUGUUUAUGCUUUUGAUUACAAAAAGGCUCUGCUGAAGUUGCAGGAGCUCACGGCUAAAAACUCAGCUUUUAGGCAAUUUUUGGGUAAUACUGAAAGUCGUCCGGAAGUUCAGUCUAAGCUCAAUUCUUUGUUGAUAGCUCCAAUUCAGAGAGUGCCACGAUAUCGUUUGUUGCUGCAGCAAGUUCUGCUUUAUACAAGUCCAUCCGAUGGGGACUUUGCUGCCCUCCAGGCAUCUGUGAAGGAGGUGGAAACGACUGUGGAGCACAUUGAUUCUCUGGUGGAGGAACAGGAAAAUACACAGCAGAUGAUAAAUUUGCAGAAUGCUUUGGUAAAUCGCACUCCAACUGUCAUAAAGCCGGGAAGGCGAUUAUUCCGGGAGGGAGUCCUUGAGAAAGUUUCCAGCACUGGAAGUCAUCUUAGGCGGCACUGUGCUCUAAUGUCAGACAUUUUUAUGUACAGCAAAGUGAUUAAGGAGCGCUCAAGGGGCAGUAGUAAUCUUCCGGAAAAUUCUCUCCAAUGCUGCUGUAUUUUUCCUCUGAAGAAAUCAAAGAUUACUGAGCUCUUUCCGGGCACUUUCAGGAUUUCUUGCCAAGGCGAUGGAGUAAUCUUUCGCACUGUGGACAUUUUGGAGGGUCAGAGCUGGGUUGUGGCUCUCCAGGAAGCCAUUGCCAUGCACAUAGAAUUCAGGAAGACGCUGCGAAAGGAAUCCAGCAAGAGGCGUCCACUGCGUCGGAAGAAAGAUGUGAGGAAUUUUGAGACUGAUACAAUUCUCAGUCCCAAGAGACGAGGAGAAUUUGAGAAUGUAUUCAGAACACCGGUGGAGGGUGAAGAUGCUGAGAAUUCCAAGAGGAAUUGUUUCCAUCUUAAUCCGGUGAAUAUGCUCAAGAGGAGAACUCAGGAACGGACUUCGCAGAUGCCACCGAAAAAAAUUCUUCGACUGAGAGAUGAGAAUGAUUUUCAAGAGAAGAAUCGCGACAUUCUCUAUCCUUUGAGGGAGAUUCAGGAGAACACAAAAUCUCAGGAAGGGCCCGAAGGUCCAGGGAAGGAAAGACAGGAAGGAACAGUGCGACGGGUUCACUUCGAGGAUCCUCCGGUGAGUGGUUAUGCCAUUGUUAAUGAUAGCAGCUCUCAAUAUGAAGGAAUCAUUCCCAGAAUGCCCAAUGUUACAUCUCUCAAAGAUAGACUUAUCAAUUUCUUUUCAAAGAUCUUUUAAUUUCUUAAUUGUCCAAUUAAAAAAAAAAUUUGUCAAAA